CUUACAGAAAAGCACGGUGAUUCAACCAUGUCGGCGCGUAACGCUAUGGCGGCUAUGCUCGACGAGUUGAUGGGACCAAAGCGAAAUGUCGAACUUGGCAAAGACACCAAAGUGACAUUUGAUGUGAGUUUGAAGUACUAA